GGAACAGGCCCGAAAUGAAGGCGCGAUACUUCUCGCAUCUAGGUACCCGGCUACGAUUUACUUCGUACCCUUCUAAUCCAGGAAUCCCACGACAACCCUACCUCCGGACAUUUCGGAGUCGACAAAACUAUGAAAACGCUGCAGCGCAAUUAUUGUUGGCCGAACAUGGCCGACGACGUGCGCAAGUACGUGUCCUCCUGCACCGCCUGCCAAAUCAUGAAGUCCUCCCAUCAGUGAGCACCCGGACUCCUACAGCCGUUGGAUCCGCCCGAGCGAACAUGGCAAUAUAUUACGAUGGACUACAUGACUGGAUUGCCAGCCGGUUCCAGCAGAACGACGCCAUCCUCGUGGUCGUUGACCGACUCACGAAAAUGGCGCACUUCAUCGUCUGCCAACAGACAAUUACAGCCGAGCAAACUGCCCAACUGUUCAUCGCCAACGUCAUUCGACUGCACGAACUGCCCACCGCAAUUAUUUCAGACCGAGACCCGAAAUUCACAUCGAAUUUCUGGCGCCACCUGUGGGACCAGUUCGGCACCAAACUCCACUUUUCCUCCGCCUACCACCCACAGACCGACGGGCAAACCGAACGAGUCAACCAAACUAUGGAGCAGCUCAUUCAAACUACAUGUACCGACCCACAGACAUGGGAGAAAUCCCUUCCGCUGCUGGAAUUCGCGUAUAACAACGCGCCCUCCGCGACAACCCAUCAGCCCCCAUUUUUCCUUAAUUACGGACAGGAUCCAGUGUAGUCCAACUAGCAUCGAAGUUCAU